AGGAAGCCAGCUUGGAGAGGGGGAGAGGUCUGCCGUGGAGAUACCUGCAGACCAUGGCACGUGGCAGAGAUUGAUGUUGGGGUCCAGUCCACAAGUCGCCAUUGGAAAGGGGGUGGUGAGCACUCAGGAAUCUCUGAUGCCCUGCUUUUGGACCUGUCCCCUGUGCCUGGUCAGCAUAUCCCUCUAAGACACAGCCCCAGCCCUGCCUGGGAGCCAGAAGUCUGUGUAUUCCUUUGCUCUUCCCAUUGGCAGUGACAGUCUCUGGAGCCUAGUGGGGGACAACACAGUAGGACAGAGGUUGAAGGCAAUGCCCAGGGUCCAGCAGUCAUGGUGGCACUAGCGCUGUGUCCAGGGGCGGGAGGCACCACCAGUGAUCCCAGCAGCCRCCACCGGGGCAGCAGUGGGAGCUGCCCAGGCAGGCCCCUCGUUGGCCAGGCCUUGGCAGUGGAUCCAGCUGCCCGGAGGCCUCUGGUCCCUGCCUGGUCUGAGCCUGGUUCUUCAGGCUUCCCUCAGCGACAGCGACUGCCCCAUAUCUGCCCCUGAGCUUCUUUUCUGUUUGAGCUGGCCAGAGGAAUUUCAGUUGUUUGUGCUCAAGAGCGUGAUGGAAGGGUGGUGGUGCCUUCAGGCACCUUAGCUGAGAGCUGAUUCUGCCUGCAGCUGACACCCGUCUCUGAUUCCACACCCACCGUCCUCCUCGGGAUCCUUCGCCCCUGACAAAAUUCCGAGGGACGUUCAUUGGAAAUAAGACAUCUGGACUCCCCGAGUGACCAUGGGCAACGAGAACAGCACCUCGGAGCGCCAGCUGGAGGAUGCCAACUUGCGUAACRUCGUCCUGUGGCCUCCGAACCCUGACGCUGUGCAGAGGACUUCAGCUGUGAACCCAGGAUCCGCGCAAACCCCUGAGGACGGUCAGGAUACAAAAGGGAAGCAGGGGGACCCACCGGGAAGCCCUGGCCACAGGGACUCGACCAGCGCUGGGCUCGGCAGCCCCCCCUCCACUUCUGAGAGUGCUGYCAGCCGGGAUCCGACCUUCCUGUCCCCAGAGGUGACGGAGCCAAGGAAGACCCCACAGGAAGCCAGGGGGCCGGGAGGUUCUUCGCUGCUUGGCCUAUCGCCGCCCCGGGAGCAGGAGUGGCCCAGGACCUCCAUGCCCUUCACCGAGUGCCCCCCAGAGGCUUGYUUGGCAAGCCCCACAGCCGCACCAGAAACAUCCCCAAGUGCCCCGGGAGAUGUCAUGGCGGCAUUUACACCUGAGGGGGACAGCUCUACUCAUCACAGCGGAAUUGCCAUCCUCCCCAGUACUGGAUGUGAGGAGGAGCYGAGGGAAGAGGCACAGGACUCCUCUUCCUCCAGCCACAUCGGCCAGCUGACGGGAAUCCRGCCAGCACAGCCCGCAGGGCCGAGGAGGGAGCUGCCGUGUGCAGAGGGGGCCCACUCUGGUGGCUUCGAGGCCAGAGAGGAAGAGGCUGCAGGUCCCCCUGCMGAGUCCGGGCAAGGACCAGCUUCUGUACAGGUGGCCACCAAGGCCCCAGCGGCAGUCCAGCUGGGCAAGGAGAGCUCAGAUGGCCUGGAGGAGUGGCCCCCAGUACCUGAGACCAGGGAACCACAAUAUCCAGGCGGAGUGGAGGUGACGCCUCCACAUUCAGCCGGCAGCUUGGAAAUCCUCGGGACCUGCCACCCGCCUCCCAGCGAUUCAGGCCCCGCCUAUGAAGCUGAGGCAAAUUCUGCCUCCCGGGAAAGCCGCUGGCAGCAAAUGGGACCACCUCUGACCCACACACAGCUGCCCAGGGACCUGCACAGUCCUGCUCUGGCUGCAGCAAUCAGCGGUUCCUGCAAGAAGCCUCCGGACACCAGUGACGCUCAGGGUCACUCACAGUUAGGAACAGAAAGGGCUGAACCCCAUCAAGUCAUCAGUGUGGCUGCAGGUGGCCAGCCAGCUGGGGGUUUGCUGGUGAGUGCCCAGCCCUCUCCACUCCCUCCGACUGGGGAAACGUGUCCAGMUUCAAGCCCCAUGGCACCUACAGAUGCUCAGAUCCCUGUUGCCGAAGGAGGAUCCAGCCGGUUGGCCAGGGAGAYGAUUUCCCAGGCGGAGAAACCAGUUUCUGCAGAAGCAGCCAAAGAGCUGGUGAAUACAGGGUUGGGAGGAUUGGAGGGGGGGGCAUCAGAUCUUGAGAGACAGAGAGAGCACCCAAAAGGGAGCACUGGGGAGUUUCCUGCCCCGUCACCUCAGGAGAGAGCAGAGUCCUGGAACAGGGAGCAAAGCCAGGGGGUCACACUAGGGAUGCCGCUGCCCCCUCCUCCUCCUGGGACUUCGAGUGAAAGUAUUGGAAGGUCAGAGGGGCCGAAGGAUGGAGCCAAGGCCCUCGAGGAUGAUGAGGGUCCUGCUGUGGCUACAGAMGAGAUCAGAUCAGCUGGAGACAACCCCAGGAGCCAGGAUGCCACCCCAGAGCCACCUGGUGGUACAGAUCCUGGAAACCUGAGGGCAGAGGAGUCGCAGGCUCUUGGUGGCAAGCCCAAUACUGAGGGGGACAAAGAUGAGGUUUCGAAACAAAGUGGCAAAGAACAAAGCAGAAUCCUUCCCAGCUUAGACUCAGCACAGCCACCCAGGAAGAACAGUGCUGGACACAUAGACGGUCCCAACCCUCAGUCAAUGCAGGUAGCGUGGCCGGCGACGGCUGGUGCCAAUGUGACCACUGCAGCCACCUCACUGCUCUUCCCUGAGGAGAAGCCGGUCCUGCCCCCAGCACCAGAUGAAACUGAGGAUGUUGUUCCGGGGUUGCAGUCCAGAUGCCCUGAUACCCUUCAGGACACGUGGGGAUUGGGAAGAAUGGAGUCUCUUCCUGCUUUAGAAUCAGAGAAAUCAGAUUUCCUGUUGACUCCUGCUGCAGAGGUUGUAUCCAAAGCCCAAGAGGUAGAGAACACAUUGGAAAAAAAGACAGCAGGCCACCUGUCCCCACAGAGGCCCCGCAGCUGUGAUGGGGAGAACUUGCUGACAUCCCCAGGCCAAUCCUCUGGGCCAGGGCACAAUGUAGAUGGACAGGAAGUUCAUGCUGAUGUGCCAAACACUCCCUGUGAGGAGACCCCAGCAGUGGAUACGAUGCUCAGGCUGAAGCCAGAUUUUCAGGGAAACCCGUCCCRCCCAGAGGACAGUGGGACAAGAGAAGCUGCAUCCGAGAGGCCCCCACUGUCUUCUGAGAACGGCCUCGUGCCAUCACAGUCAGACACGGGGGCACCCAUCAUUGAUAAGCUCAGGGAGAUGACUCAACCUCCUGCAAAUGGGAAAGAGGCUUAUCCAGGCAACCCAGGUGUGAAGAACCAGGGUGCAGGUCCUUCCCCAGCCCACGUACCCACGGAGCCUUGGGAGGACGUGUGCUUGCCCAGUUAUGAAGGACAGGAGCAGGCAUCUGGAUCAGAACUUCAAAGUGUGCUUCCCAAAGACAGUCUGUGUGACGCUCCAAGUUUGGUUCUAGAGAGUUCUCCAUCGGAAGAGUCAGAAUUGCCAACUCCAACAGAACAGAAGUUGCCUGCAUUAGGGGAGAAUGGGCAAGAGGGAGCAGGCAGCCGUGGCCAUCUUUCAGGGGUCUUGCUUAACGCAGGAGACACUUUAAAAGACUCUUCUGUUGCAGGGAGCUUGGGCGGGGAGGGAAGCUGCUGUGCUGGGCAGGGGCCAAACAAGUCCCAACAGGAGCUGGGUGAUGCUGUGGAAGCAGGCAGCCUGCGUGAAGGGGCAUGUUGCUGGGACGCGGGGGUAGCUGACGCACAGCCCCCACCCUCGGGCCUGUGCGAGGCAGAGAUGGCAAGUAGAGACACAGUGGGGGCCCCGCCUCAUCCACCUGACUCAGUGGCCCUCCUGGAUACAGCUCAUGGUCUGGCAGCCCCAGCACUGGCCAGCCCCAGAGUCACACCCACCCAGGAUGCUCCAGAGAGACAGACAUGUGAUCAAGCCCAGGAAGAGAGGCAGCAACCAGGGCCRGCCCUACAGCAAGAAAUGGAGUGCCCUGCCACCUCGGCCACCACAGUUACAGAGACCCAUAAGCUUCUUGAGAAGUUCCCGCUGGCUGGGGAGCAGGGUGGUGAAGGAGAGGCUGCUGGAGCUGGUGAGAGUGCUGGUGAAGGAGGCCCAGGGACRCAGCAAACUCCAGAGGAGCCACAAACCGCUCCAGGUGACACCUUUGCUCAGACUGAGCRCUGCCCCACCUCCAGGAAAGGACCUUCUACCUCCGUCCCUGGCGAGUCCUGCGAGACUGAGCAGCUCAUGCCCAGCUGCCAGGAUGCCUUGCCACGGGCUGGAGAGCUAGAUGGGAUACCCAGAGGCACGGAGGGCAUUUCUGCACAUCAGGCUGGCCCUGACCCAGAGAGGCCCCUGCCGGCUGGGAAAGACACUGCUCCUGACACCCCUUACCUGCAUAUCAAUGGAGCCGCAGGGAAAGGAGCAGAAGACAGUGGUCUGAGAGCUGUUUCCUCCGAGGGCCCCACAGCUCCCAGUGAAAGUCCCUGUCCCAUGGAGGAGUCCCUGCUGGAAAAGGCUGCCUCUGCGAAGCUGCCGGCCAGCCUCCUCUUGCAACCAGGAGCUGCAGGUGGGGAGGGCUCUGCUGUGCCUGCCAGCUCUGGAAGCCCCAAAGCUGGAACCACUGAGGAACCUGGGGACUCCAUGCCCUACCUGGACAGGAUGCCUCUUCUGGCCAAGAGUAAGCAGAUGACAGAGGAGGACAAAGUGGCCACAGCUCCAGAAGCCAGGCCCUGUGAGAUUCCAGCCUGCUCUGGCAGCGAGGACAGCAUGGUGGGUGAUGCAGCAAGACAGACAGAGGGCAGCAGGGACAGGGUGGUAGAGACGCCUCCAGAUCUAAGGAGAGGUGCACCAGGUGGUACGGAAGCAAGCUCCAAGCAGCCUAGCCCCAUUGUAGGGCUCCAUGAUUUCAGGGAGCACAUCACCAGAAUCUUUGAGCAAUCAGUGCUUGGAGCCCUGACUGCUGACCAGCCCCAGAAUGCACCAAGUGAAAAGGCAGGAGCUGGGAGGAGUAUGGUGGGCAAGGACCUCACCACGCUACUAAGCCCAGAGAAGCUUCUAGAUGGAACUCAAGGAAUGGCUGCUACCACUCUCCCUGCACCUCCUGCUGGACUCUGGGUGGAGAAGAAGCCAGAGUUGGCUGUGGAGGCUAAGAUUUCCCAUCUGGUUUCCCAGGAUACAGCUCCAGACAAGCUGCCAGGUGAGUCAGAUGCCAGUGUUGAGGAGGAGGUGACUGGUGUACCACUCGUAGCAAGGAGAAGCGAGAGGCCAGACCUGGGAGCCGAGGUUCACUCACAGCAGGCGAGGGGUGGGCAGGAACUAGCUUCAGGCCUUUCCUCACCAGUGGCUGCUCAGGGGACAUCUUUAGAGAGAGCUGCUGACUUCCAGGUGGCUCCCCAGAGCCUUGGAGAAGAGGCCUCCGUUCAAGGUGACAGAAUUCUUUCUGGAAAACAGUGCCAGGKAACACUGGUCUCCGACAGUCACCCUGGAAAAGAUGGUACCCAGGACUUGGCUCACACGGUGGGUGCAGGUGAUGUGCCAGAAUCUACCUGUGCUCUAGAAUCCUCUCCUCCCCGUGGGGAUGUUUUAAUUGAGCCCGAGGCUAAUAGUGACCURCUUGGGGGUGAAAGGAAGCCUGAAGCUGAUGCCAGCAUCCUGGAAAUGCAAAACGCCCCUGGCCACCUGAGCAUCCCUGAACCACUGGCUAGAGAAGUGCUGGACACUCCCCAGGAGCCCAGCGAGAAGGCAGGAGCUGCUGGGGAAGUGAAGGGUGACAUCACGUCGAGCACAGCCCAGGCAUGGGCACACACAGCUGGUGACCUGCCAGAAACAGGUGCUGCAAGGAUGAUCGCCGGCGUAGCUCAGGACUCGGUGCUGCCAGGGAGCCAUCAGGCGAUGGAGGACACAGCUGCCCUGCGAGGGGACAGCCCAAGUGGGCACCAGCCGGCCAAGGAGCAGCUGGGACCUGAGCUCCCUACUCCAGCUGGGAAUGGGGAGGUGCGUGUUUCACCCCCAGAGCCUGAUGACACUGGAGACUCAAAGCUGCAACACCUGGCUCCRGAAGAGCAACACGCUGACAGAAAGAGCCCGGGGCCUGGCCCAGCUACCUUACCUACGGUUCCUGAGAAGGAUGCUCCGAGAUUCCCUUCAGAUGAGACCAGCUGUGUGGGAGGACCAGAAAGCACCCCUGCCACAGAUGAUGUCAUCCAGCCAGCUGCAGGCCUGAGAAACCUGUCCCUAGUGGCCUCUUCCCGUCAUGCUGACGCCCUCGGCCAGGUCUCCAGGGGUCUGACAGCCCAGAGCACCUCCCCAGCUGCUGCCCAUGCGGGUCUUGCUCCCCCGGCCUCAGACCACGCAGUUUUGCCUUCUGCCUCAGCUGGCCAUGGAGUAGAAGUUUCCUCCUGCCAGGACCUGGCCAAGGACGCAAGCAGGAGUUCUGACUCUGAAGAAGCAUUUGAGACCCCGGAGUCAACGACCCCUGUCAAAGCUCCACCAGCCCCACCUCCGCCACCCCCUGAAGUCAUCCCAGAGCCUGAGGUCAGCGUACCACCAGCCCCGGAAGAACCAGGAUGUGGCUCUGAGACGGUCACCGUCCCUGAUGGCCCACGCAGCGACUCCGUGGAAGGCAGCCCCUUCCGCCCUCCGCACUCCUCCUCUGCCGUCUUCGAUGAAGACAAGCCGAUAGCCAGCAGCGGGACUUACAACUUAGACUUUGACAGCAUCGAGCUGGUGGAUAACCUCCAGAGCUUGGAGCCUCGGCCCUCGGACUGUAAGAGCCAAGAGUGCAAGGCCAGUGCGCGGAGGAAGUCCACCGAGUCCGUGCCCCCCGCCAAGUCCACGCUGUCCCGCUCCCUGAGCCUGCAGGCCGGUGACUUUGAUGGUGCUUCCUGCUCAGGCAGCCCCGAGGCCGUGGCCCUCGCCCCGGACGCAGGCAGCACAGGCUCGUGCAGUGCUUCCAGUACCCUCAAGAGAACUAAAAAACCCAGGCCACCGUCCCUGAAAAAGAAGCAGAGCACCAAGAAGCCCACAGAAACCCCCCCAGUGAGGGAGACCCAGCAGGAGCCAGCGGAGGAGAGUCCGGUCUCCAACGAGGAGUAUCUGGCGUCGGAGACGAAGACGGAGCCGGCCGCGGCAGAGGGCUCAGGGUCCGCCUCGUCGGAGGAGACGCCCCCGGAGCCUGCCGCCGCGCCCAAAGCCGCCUGUCCUCUGGACCCAGAGUGUGCCGAGGGCGCCAGCCCCUUGGCUUCUGGAGGUGGCAGGGUGCAGAACUCACCUCCUGUUGGGAGGAAGACGUUGCCUCUGACCACGGCCCCCGAGGCCGCGGAGGAGGCCCCGUCGGAUAGUGGGGGGCAAGAGGACUCCCCGGCCAGAGGGCUCUCAGUGAGGCUGGAGUUUGACUAUUCUGAGGACAAGGGUGGUUGGGACAACCAGCAGGAAAACCCCCCUCCUACCAAAAAGAUAGGCAAAAGGCCAGUUGCCAAAAUGCCCCUAAGGAGGCCAAAGAUGAAAAAGACRCCCGAGAAACUCGACAACACCCCUGCCUCACCUCCCAGGUCCCCCGCUGAGCCCAAUGACAUCCCUGUGGCUAAAGGUACCUACACCUUUGAUAUUGACAAGUGGGAUGACCCCAAUUUUAACCCCUUUUCUUCCACCUCAAAAAUGCAGGAGUCUCCCAAACUGCCCCAACAGUCAUAUAACUUUGACCCAGACGCCUGUGACGAGUCCAUUGAUCCCUUUAAGACAUCCUCUAAGACCCCCAGCUCACCUUCUAAAUCCCCAGCCUCCUUUGAGAUCCCAGCCAGUGCCAUCGAAGCCAAUGGAGUGGAUGGGGACGGGCUGAACAAGCCCGCCAAGAAGAAGAAGACGCCCCUAAAGACUGACACAUUUAGGGUGAAAAAGUCGCCAAAACGAUGUCCUCUCUCUGAUCCACCCUCUCAGGACCCGACUCCAGCUGCGACACCAGAGRCGCCACCAGUGAUCUCCGCAGUGGUCCACGCCACCGAUGAGGAGAAGCUGGCGGUCACCAAUCAGAAGUGGACGUGCAUGACAGUGGACUUGGAGGCUGACAAACAGGACUUCCCACAACCCUCGGACCUGUCUACCUUUGUAAACGAGACCAAAUUCAAUUCACCCACAGAGGGUAAGCAACUCAGUGGCCAGCCGGACCCCCACCCUGCCUUGGAGAAUACUGCCUCUAGGGAGCAAAGGGCCAGGAAAGUCACUUCUCAAYCAGAGUUGGGUUACAGAAACKCCUAUGAAAUCGAAUAUAUGGAAAAACUUGGCUCCUCCUUACCCCAGGACGAUGACACCCCGAAGAAGCAAUCCUUGUACCUUAUGUUCGACACGUCUCAGGAGAGCCCCGUGAAGUCUCCGACCCGGAUGUCCGAGUCCCCGACGCCUUGUUCAGGGUCAAGUUUUGAAGAGACAGAAGCCCUCGUUAAUGCUGCAGCAAAAAUCCAGCGUCCUGUCUCACGAGGGCUAGCCUCCAGCCAAGAGCCACACUUACAGGUGCCGGAGAAGUCCUCCCAGCCAGAACUGGAGGCCAUGGCCCUGGGCACCUCCUCAGAGGCGAUUGAAAUMACAGCUCCCGAGGCUGCCUUUGCCUCUGCUGACGCCCUUCUCAGCAGGCUGGCCCACCCCGCCUCUCUCUGUGGUGCACUUGACUAUCUGGAACCCGACUUAGCAGAAAAGAACCCCCCAGUAUUUGCUCAGAAACUUCAGGAGGAGUUAGAAUUUGCCAUCAUGCGGAUAGAAGCCCUGAAGCUGGCCAGGCAGAUUGCCUUGGCUUCCCGCAGCCGCCAGGACACCAAGAGAGAAGCUGCUCACCCACCAGAUGUCUCCAUCUCCAAAACAGCCUUGUAUUCCCGCAUCGGGACCUCUGAGGUGGAGAAGCCGGCGGGCCUUCUGUUCCAGCAGCCAGACCUGGACUCUGCACUCCAGGUGGCCAGAGCAGAGGUCCUAACCAAGGAGAGAGAGGUCUCGGAGUGGAAAGAGAAAUAUGAAGAGAGCAGACGGGAGGUGAUGGAGAUGAGGAAGAUCGUAGCCGAGUACGAAAAGACCAUCGCACAGAUGAUAGAGGACGAACAGAGGGAGAAGUCAGUCUCACACCAAACAGUGCAGCAGCUGGUCCUGGAGAAGGAGCAAGCCCUGGCCGACCUGAACUCCGUGGAGAAGUCUCUGGCCGACCUUUUCAGGAGAUACGAGAAGAUGAAGGAGGUCCUGGAAGGUUUCCGCAAGAAUGAAGAGGUGCURAAGAAAUGUGCACAGGAGUACCUGUCUCGCGUGAAGAAGGAGGAGCAGCGGUACCAGGCCCUGAAGGUGCACGCGGAGGAGAAGCUGGACAGGGCCAACGCGGAGAUCGCCCAGGUUCGAGGCAAGGCCCAGCAGGAGCAGGCCGCCUACCAGGCCAGCUUGCGGAAGGAGCAGCUGCGAGUGGACGCCCUGGAAAGAACGCUGGAGCAGAAGAAUAAAGAGAUAGAAGAGCUCACCAAGAUCUGUGAUGAACUGAUUGCCAAAAUGGGAAAAAGCUAACUUUGAACCAAAUGCUGGGACUUGACCGUCACGUGCAAUAUGGCCGUGGGCGCACUGCCGUCCUUCCACCCACACGGACAGGCUCUGUUUUCACUUUUCGUAUGCACUACUGUAUUUCCUUUCUGAAUAAAGUUGAUUUGAUUGUAUGCAGUGCUAAGGAGACUAUCAGGAUUUCUUGCUAUUGGUUUGCAUUUUCCUAGUAUAAUUCAUAGCAAGUUGACCUCAGAGUUCCUGUAUCAGGGAGAUUGUCUGAUUCUCUAAUAAACACAUUGCUGACCUUGGUCUUGCCCUUUGUACACAGAUUCCCAGGUGAGCAGGUUUGAUUUAAUAUGAACAUGUACAGCGUGCAUUGGGACUCUUGCCUUAAGGAGUGUAAACUUGAUCUGCACUUGCUGAUUUGUUUAAAAAAAAAUGCAUGUUUCAAAUAAAAUUCUCUAUUGUAAAUAAAUUUUUUUCUUUGGAUCUUG